CGCAUCCGGCGCUGCGGCAGUUUGUGCCAGACAUAUAUAAUUUAGACAUCAAACGACUACAAACUGGAUUGGGCUCCUUUUCAAUCGCAUCAUUUCUCCAGCUUAUCUCCCUCGUAACCCGCUCAUCAUGCAGAAGAUUUCAGCGUUAACGGGCUGGCGAGUCAGACGAGAGGUCAAGAUGUAGUGCGCUUCGGUGCUGGCCGUCCGAGAGAAGAAUGUCGACCUGAGAAUCCUUGGCCAGGAUCCAGUUCAGACUGUGUUCUUGAACCAUUUGUGACCGAAGUGAGCCUCCCUUCCAGUAUCAGUGAAUAGAUUUAGCACUGACCUUAUUCCCUCGGCAGCACUCCUCAAUUUUGGCUCUUAGUCUACGCGCAUCAUUCUUCUUGUCACUAGAUCGCCCAUGGUCCGACGACGAUGAUGAGUCUCGAGAGCCCAUCGAGGAUACCGCACGAGAGCACACUCCAGGAUUCCAGCAGUCGUCAUAAGCUGAUGGACAUUUUCCCCUUAAACUCGAACGACGAUGACUUGAGUGCUGAACUUUUGGUAGACUGGAGGGGCAGACCGUCACAAAAGAGCUCGUCUGGCAUGUGGAGGGCUUCUUCCUUCAUAUUCGGCAUCACAGGGUUGGAAUUUUGCGCCUUCUUUGGCGUUGCCUUGAAUAUGGUUCCAUACAUGAUGAGCACCAUGCGGUUCAAGCAAGCUGAUGCGGCCAAUACUUACACCAAUUUUGCGGGUACUUCUUAUCUGCUAUCAUUGUUCACGGCAUUCAUAGCAGACACGUACUGGGGCCGCUUCUGGACGAUUGUUGUCUUUGGGUUUGUGGAAUUUCUGGGAAUGCUUCUGUUCGCUUUAUCUGCAUCAGUUAAAGAGCUGAAACCUGAGCCAUGUACGAUCACGGACAGCGGAAAGCUGUGUCCGCAAGUUUCAAAGCUCAGCCUGGCUGUAUUAUAUCUUGUUCUGUACCUAGUGGCUCUGGGAUCUGCUGGGAUCAGACCCAACUUACCGUCGCAUGGAGCGGAUCAAUUCAGUCCCAAAGAUCCAAAGGAAAAGAACGCCAUGUCUCGAUUUUUCAACUGGUACUUCUUCUCGAUCUGCGCGGGCGCGCUCGUGGGUGUGGGAGCACUGGUCUACAUAGACGAUUCGAUCGGCAACAAGGUGGGAUUCGCCAUUUCAGCUGGGGUGAUGUUGGCAGGGGUGCUGUGCUUUGCUACGGGCGCGCCGUUCUUCAGAAACAAAUUGCCGGAUGGAAGUCCUCUCACUCGCAUAGCAGAGGUGCUGGUUGCGUCCCUCAGAAACCGAAGCCUCGCCCUCCCGGACAACGACGAUGACUUUUACGAGGUCGCUCCGAAAGCAGGAACCGGUGCUCUCAACUCCCAGACGAAACUCCCUCGAUCCACCCAACUCAUGUUUCUGAACAAGGCAGCGAUUCGGCGGGCGUCGAAAGCCGGGGCCGGAAUGGAGUCGGACGAGGAGGAGGCGGCGCAGCCGAGCCGCUGGAGGCUGUGCACGCUGACGCAGGUCGAGGAAACGAAGGCGGUGAUCAAACUGCUGCCAAUCUGGGCGCCCUUCAUCGUUCUGAACACGUGCGUGGCGCAGCUGCAGACGUUCUCCAUCGCGCAGGGCGUGACGAUGGACAGGACCAUCGGGUCCUUCAAGUUCUCGGCCCCGACGCUGGUGGUGAUCCCCGCCACCUCGCUCAUGAUCAUGGUGCCGCUGUACGAGCGAGUCUUCGUCAGCCAGAUGCGCAAGAUCACAGGCAACCCGCAGGGCGUGACAUUGCUGCAGCGCAUGGGGGUGGGAUUGUUCGUGUCCAUCGUGUCCAUGGGCAUCGCUGCCAUGGUCGAACGCAGGCGGAUCCGAAUCGCAUCCGAGCACGGGCUGCUGAACAUGGUGGACUCGACCGUGCCCUACUCCAUCUUCUGGCUGCUGCCGCAGUACCUGGUCUUCGGCCUGGCCGACCUCUUCGCCUUCACGGGCUCGCUCGAGUUCUUCUACACGCAGGCCCCGGACAGCAUGCGCAGCCUGUCGAGCGCGCUCUCGUUCGGCUCCAUGUCGUUCGGCUUCUUCUUCAGCACCAUUCUCGUCGAGCUCGUGAACAAAAUCACGGCCCACGGCUCGCAGCCUGGCUGGAUUGCCGAGCAGAUCAAUCACAGCAAGCUCUACAAUUUCUACUGGCUUCUGGCCGGGCUCAGCGUCGUCAACUUUCUCGUUUAUGUCAAGUGCGCUCAAUGGUUCCAGUACAAGGAAGUGGCCUGCGAGCCACGCGAUCCUGAGCUCGACCGUAGUUUCGACGACGAGGCUAGAUCCCGAUAAAUAAUCCUACAGAAGCUCUGGCCCAUCCAAAGCGAGCUUCCGUCUGCAUGUCGCUGUUCCGAAGCUCGCUCGAUCCAUCCAUCGAUCUUCGUGUAUAUUAUUCUUCAUACUCUGGUGUGAAUAUUGGAAUCGAAGCUCUUCAUCACUCUG